UGACGAGCCCCAAAUAGGACGAAACGCUCGUCCUGGAUUCCACUGCUGACCACUAUUUAUCUUUUAAUUUCAAAAUAUUUAUCAAAUAAAAAUAGAUUAUGUAGAACGAAAUCAUUAAUUAAAAUUAAAUAAGAUAUGAACAUUUUAUGAGAAAGAUACUAAGAAAAACAGUAUGGUAAGUUAAGUGAAUGAACUAACUUUUUCUGUACAAAAUGAUUGAGUUUAUUGACGUGUAUACCUAUAGCUUCUAGUGUAUGUAAAAGAUAAAGUUUGGAAAUCUAAAACAAUUGUAAUGGAAUUUUUAAAUAAACUUGAAAGUGAAAUUAAUAUCAACAUGGUGAGUGACUGGUAUCUACGAAAUGUGCCAAAACAGAGUUUGCAUUGUUCCUUUUUGUCCUUUGAUUUAUUAAAAGUGAUGAUUUUGGCGGAGUUUUGUUCUCUGAGCUUGAUGGUUUGGUCGUGGAGCUUUCAUCGUUCUUCUGAACGACAUCAUCAGCACGAACUUCAGGUAAAAGUUCACCUGAGCUACAAAUCUUUUCCACCAUCUCAAGAGUUUAAUGUUCGUCCAAUAUUUUUCAUGAUACGUCGUAUCACUGUCUCCAUAACUGUCUCCUCCUUUGAAGUCUGAUUUUGAUAAUACAGAUCCGCUCAAGCCUGUUGAUGAUUUCAAAUAAUAACACACUCAACACUGAAAGAUAAUUGACCAUACAUAAAGUUCUUUUCUUACGAACUAAUAGGUAACUCAAACGUAUAAUUCAUAUAAUUAUUAGCUUAGAUCAUUUAAGCAAUUCAAUCAUCUCAGUAAUUUUAGCAUAUCGGUGAAAAUUUCAGAACCCAUUCAAAGUAAAUGUGAUUAUUUUGAAGGAUAUAGACAUAAAAGUCUUUGUAGAUUAAAUUACUCAUAGCAUUAGCAAGUUCUGAAAUAUUCACAUACACAGAAAUGUUUACUUGAAACAUAAUGAAAUAAGUGACUAACAAAUUUACUUCAACUCAUUAUUUUCAAUUUUGUCAAGAAUAAGAUUUUUAACAGCGGUCGAAAUCAGCAAUGGUUUGAUGAUAUCAAAAGUUCACUGUAAAAUCAUUCGAUAUCAACUUAAUGAUCUAACGUUAACACCAUGAAGGUCAUAACCACGUACACAAAUGAAUAUAGUAAAAUAUCAAUCCAGCGUUUCCUGGUGUUCACUAGUUGUCUAGUUAAACUCAAUUCAUGAAGCAUGACUACAAAUUCUUAUUAUAUAUACAGUUGGGUUUAUUAUGAAAUGAUAUCAUUUAAAGAAUCUCAGGAAAUCCAAUUAAUGUCAAAUACUCGAUCUAUGAGUUUAAUAUUUUUCUAAGUAGUUUAUAAAUACAAUACAAAACAGGAUAUGUAAUUAAGAAACUUUAGGUUUCAUGAAUAGAAUAUCCCAUUUCAAAUAGAUAAUAGGAAUUCAACUUUCAAUCUUUCCGUUGUUGUCCAGGUUAGAAGAUAGUUACCGAUAAACAAAAUCGAAACAUUUUGAUAAUACCAAAAAUGAGUAUUGAUUAAUUACUGACUGUUAGCCAAUUUAGCACUGUGUUAAAACAGGAUGAAAACUUCAAAUCA